CUUCCCGCGGUGGGGAAAGAAGCUCCCCCCUCCGCGGAGCAGAGACUCAUUUUUUUUUUCCCUCCUCGGGAGGGUGUCGCCACCUGGAUUGCCAAGUGUGAGGGGUCCGGGAGGCGGGGACCGGAGCACCGUGACCCGCCAUGGCUCAAGCGGCCAAACAGCUGAAGAAAAUCAAAGACAUCGAGGCGCAGGCCCUCCAGGAGCAGAAGGAGAAGGAGGAAUCCAACAGGAAGCGGAGGAACCGCUCCCGUGACCGAAAGAAGAAGGCCGAUGCUGCUACCAGCUUUCUGAGGGCAGCAAGAUCAGGCAACUUGGACAAAGCUUUGGAUCACCUGCGGAAUGGCGUAGACAUUAACACCUGUAACCAGAAUGGGCUGAACGGCUUGCACCUGGCCUCUAAAGAAGGCCAUGUGAAGAUGGUGGUUGAACUUCUGCACAAAGAAAUCAUUCUAGAAACGACAACCAAGAAAGGGAACACAGCUCUGCACAUCGCCGCCCUCGCCGGUCAGGAUGAGGUGGUCCGGGAGCUGGUCAACUAUGGCGCCAAUGUCAACGCCCAGUCACAGAAAGGCUUUACACCCCUGUACAUGGCAGCACAAGAGAAUCACUUGGAAGUGGUUAAGUUUUUACUGGAAAAUGGAGCUAAUCAGAAUGUAGCCACAGAAGACGGCUUCACUCCUCUAGCAGUGGCUCUGCAGCAGGGUCACGAGAACGUGGUGGCCCACCUCAUCAACUAUGGGACGAAAGGGAAGGUGCGCCUGCCCGCCCUGCACAUCGCGGCGCGCAACGACGAUACGCGGACAGCCGCAGUGCUGCUGCAGAAUGACCCCAACCCUGACGUGCUUUCCAAGACGGGAUUCACCCCCCUCCACAUCGCAGCUCACUACGAGAACCUCAAUGUGGCCCAGUUACUCCUCAACAGGGGUGCCAGUGUCAACUUCACGCCCCAGAACGGCAUCACGCCACUGCACAUCGCCUCCCGCAGGGGGAACGUGAUCAUGGUGCGGCUCCUGCUGGACCGCGGGGCCCAGAUAGAAACAAGGACCAAGGAUGAAUUGACACCUCUCCACUGUGCAGCUCGGAAUGGGCACGUGCGAAUCUCAGAGAUCCUGCUGGACCACGGGGCACCCAUCCAAGCCAAAACCAAGAAUGGCUUAUCCCCCAUUCACAUGGCGGCUCAGGGAGACCACCUUGACUGUGUCCGACUUCUAUUGCAAUACAACGCAGAGAUAGACGACAUCACCCUGGACCAUCUGACCCCACUCCACGUGGCAGCCCACUGUGGCCAUCACAGAGUAGCCAAGGUCCUUUUGGAUAAAGGAGCCAAACCGAAUUCCAGAGCCCUGAAUGGCUUUACCCCCUUACAUAUCGCCUGCAAGAAGAACCACAUCCGUGUUAUGGAGCUGCUACUGAAGACGGGGGCCUCCAUUGACGCUGUCACUGAGUCUGGUUUGACACCUCUCCACGUGGCCUCCUUCAUGGGGCACCUGCCCAUCGUGAAGAACCUCCUACAGCGGGGGGCAUCACCCAAUGUCUCCAAUGUGAAAGUGGAGACCCCGCUACAUAUGGCAGCCAGAGCAGGACACACGGAAGUGGCCAAAUAUUUGCUCCAGAACAAAGCCAAAGUCAAUGCCAAGGCCAAGGAUGACCAGACCCCGCUUCACUGUGCGGCUCGCAUCGGCCACAUGAACAUGGUGAAGCUCCUGCUAGAAAAUAAUGCCAGUCCUAACCUGGCCACCAUGGCCGGGCACACCCCCCUGCACAUUGCGGCCCGAGAGGGCCAUGUGGAGACGGCCCUGGCCCUUCUGGAAAAGGAAGCAUCCCAGGCAUGCAUGACCAAGAAAGGAUUUACCCCUCUCCACGUGGCGGCCAAGUAUGGCAAGGUCAGGGUGGCAGAGCUCCUGCUGGAAAGAGAUGCGCAUCCAAAUGCGGCCGGAAAAAAUGGCUUGACUCCCCUGCACGUGGCUGUCCAUCACAACCACCUGGACAUCGUCCGGCUGCUGCUUCCCCGGGGCAGCUCCCCGCACAGCCCUGCUUGGAAUGGCUACACCCCUUUGCACAUUGCUGCCAAGCAGAACCAGAUGGAGGUGGCCCGCAGUCUGCUGCAGUACGGGGGGUCAGCGAAUGCCGAGUCGGUGCAAGGUGUGACCCCCCUUCACCUGGCUGCCCAAGAGGGUCACGCAGAGAUGGUGGCUCUGUUACUUUCGAAACAAGCCAAUGGCAACCUGGGGAACAAGAGCGGACUCACCCCCCUCCAUCUGGUAGCACAAGAAGGCCACGUUCCAGUGGCAGACGUGCUCAUCAAACACGGUGUCACGGUGGACGCCACCACCCGGAUGGGUUAUACUCCACUCCACGUGGCCAGUCAUUAUGGAAAUAUCAAGGUGGUGAAGUUUCUGCUACAGCACCAAGCAGACGUCAAUGCCAAGACGAAGCAAGGAUACAGUCCCUUGCACCAGGCGGCCCAACAAGGACAUACAGACAUCGUGACACUGCUUCUCAAAAAUGGUGCUUCCCCAAACGAGGUCAGCUCGAAUGGAACCACACCUCUGGCAAUAGCCAAGCGCUUGGGCUACAUUUCGGUCACAGACGUGCUCAAGGUGGUCACGGAUGAACCCAGUUUUGUGUUAACCAGUGACAAGCACCGGCUGAGUUUCCCUGAGACGGUAGAUGAGAUCCUGGAUGUCUCUGAAGAUGAAGGAACCGCUCAUAUAACUAUCAUGGGGGAAGAACUCGACUCCAAGGCUGAGAGGCAGGAUUCCAGGGAUAUAGACGAAGAGAAGGAGCUGCUGGAUUUCGUGCCGAAGCUGGACCAAGUGGUGGAAUCUCCAGCCAUCCCGAGGAUCCCUUGUGUCACACCUGAGACAGUGGUGAUCAGAUCGGAAGAGCCAGAACAGGCAUCUAAGGAGUAUGACGAAGACUCACUCAUCCCCAGCAGCCCGGCCACAGAGACCUCAGACAACAUCAGCCCAGUGGCCAGCCCUGUCCACACAGGGUUUCUGGUGAGCUUCAUGGUGGAUGCCCGAGGAGGCUCCAUGAGGGGCAGUCGUCACAAUGGCCUGCGGGUGGUGAUCCCGCCCCGGACGUGCGCCGCACCUACUCGCAUCACCUGCCGCCUGGUCAAGCCCCAGAAGCUGAGCACGCCGCCCCCGCUGGCUGAGGAGGAGGGCCUGGCCAGCAGGAUCAUUGCGCUGGGACCCACGGGGGCCCAGUUCUUAAGCCCCGUGAUCGUAGAGAUCCCCCACUUUGCCUCCCAUGGCCGUGGGGACCGCGAGCUUGUGGUGCUGCGCAGUGAAAACGGCUCCGUGUGGAAGGAACAUAGGAACCGCCAUGGAGAGAGCUACCUGGAUCUGGACCAGAUCCUCAAUGGGAUGGACGAAGAGCUGGGGAGUCUGGAGGAGCUGGAGAAGAAGAGGGUCUGCCGCAUCAUCACCACCGACUUCCCCUUGUACUUCGUGAUCAUGUCACGGCUCUGCCAGGACUAUGACACCAUUGGCCCUGAAGGGGGCUUCCUGAAGAGCAAGCUGGUCCCACUGGUGCAGGCAACGUUCCCGGAAAACGCUGUUACCAAGAGAGUGAAGCUGGCUCUGCAGGCCCAGCCCGUACCAGAUGAGCUGGUCACCAAACUGCUGGGCAACCAGGCCACGUUCAGCCCCAUUGUCACCGUGGAGCCACGGCGCCGGAAGUUCUACCGCCCCAUUGGGCUUCGGAUCCCGCUCCCUCCUUCCUGGACGGACAACCCAAGGGACAGCGGCGAGGGGGACACCACCAGCCUUCGCCUGCUCUGCAGUGUCACUGGAGGAACAGACCAAGCCCAGUGGGAAGAUAUAACGGGGACAACCAAGCUCGUGUAUGCCAACGAGUGCGCUGCCUUCACCACCAACGUCUCUGCCAGGUUCUGGCUGUCCGACUGUCCUCGGACUGCCGAAGCUGUGAACUUCGCCUCCCUGCUGUACAAGGAGCUCACCGCCGUGCCCUACAUGGCCAAGUUUGUCAUUUUUGCCAAGAUGAAUGACCCCCGCGAAGGGCGUCUGCGCUGUUAUUGCAUGACAGAUGACAAAGUGGACAAGACCCUGGAGCAGCAUGAGAACUUCAUCGAGGUGGCUCGGAGCAGGGACAUAGAGGUUCUGGAAGGAAUGCCUCUUUUCGCAGAGCUCUUUGGGAACCUGGUACCCGUCAGAAAAGCUGCCCAGCAGCGGAGUUUCCAGUUCCAGUCAUUUCGGGAGAACCGCCUGGCCAUACCUGUGAAGGUGAGGGACAGCAGUCGAGAACCAGCAGGGUCCUUGUCAUUUCUGCGCAAGGCCAUGAAGUAUGAGGAUGCCCAGCACAUUCUCUGCCACUUGAACAUCACCAUGCCCCCCUGCACCAAGGUGAGCGGUGCUGAUGAGAGGAGAAGGACUCUGACGCCGUUGGCCCUGAGAUACAGCAUUCUCAGCGAAUCCUCACUGGGUUCCCUCAGUGGGACAGACCGAGCAGAUAUGAAGAUGGCUAUUAUAUCAGAACACCUUGGCCUCAGCUGGGCGGAGUUGGCUCGGGAACUGCAGUUCAGUGUGGAAGACAUCAACAGGAUCCGCGUGGAAAACCCCAACUCCUUGUUGGAGCAGAGUGUAGCCUUGUUGAACCUCUGGGUCAUCCGUGAAGGCAAAAACGCAAACAUGGAGAAUCUGUACGCAGCCCUGCGGAACAUUGACCGAGGUGAGAUCGUGAACAUGCUGGAAGGCUCUGGCAGACAAAGCCGCAAUCUGAAACCUGAGCGACGGCACACGGACCGGGACUACUCUUCGUCGCCCUCCCAGAUGAAUGCGCCACUGGGCGCAGGGCUCUUCUGUUGAUCACGUCCUGUCGUCUUUCUCUUCUGCCUCUGACCUCACCUGGACCUCUCGUCCGCUCAUGCUCUCACACUGCCUGGCUCCACUGUCUCCACCUUGGCCCGGUGUUCAGGAGCCGUCCACCUCCGCAGAUGCAUGUCGUGAAGGACUUCUAGCCCUUCCUCCCCGUGUGUCUCACGGCUGUGUGUGAGGGCGUGUGUGUGCGCGUGUGCACGGCGGGGCGGGGGUCCUCUGGUUCCAGGGGAGGCUGUGUACUGCGCGCUGCUCGCCGCUCUUCAUGCCUGGCAUAAAAAGGCUCCGAGACAGUGGUCUACUCCCACGUACCUCGGGGGGACCAAGCUGGAGCAUUGCAGGGACUGCUAAGGAGCCCAGCUCCCUUCCACAGAGAAAGAAAGGGAGGGCAGCUGAGGGAUGCUGGAAACUUUGGGAAAUCCACGGGACAGAAUGCUUCUCCUUUUCACUCUGAUCCCUGAUCCCUUGGUUGGGUUUCCUAACAUUCCUGGUGCUGUUUCAGUCAAGUCAAAUCAGCAAGUUUUUGUUUCUUUGUGCCCCAGUUACGUACCUAGGGGACAGCAGGCACAUAGAAUUACGUGAGCAGAAACAAGGCAGGAUGACAAUUAAAACUAUGUUAAGAGGGUGGGUCCCAUGUGAAGUGUUCUUACCACAAUAAAAAAAAAAAGAGUCCCAGACUCAGGCAUCUAUGAGUUCCCCAUCGGCCGCCAGACUUGCAGACCCAGUCAGGCUUAGAGAGUCCAGUGCCUCAAGAGAGUUCGAAAUCCCUCUGUGGGACUGGGUGCUCCGGGACUGGUGAAAAAAAGGCUCUGUUUUAGUGGGUCUGCUCAUUUGGCAAAUACUUUCUGAACACCCGUCACAUGCCAGGCACUGGUCUAGGCAGAGGAGAUAAAUCGGUUCUCAGACAUACACGCACAGAAAUCCCCUAAAACUCUGCCUCCAGGGAGCUUACCUUCUGUUUGGCGAGUCAAGCAACAAUGUAGUAUGUAAGUGAAUGAUAUAACACGCUAGCAGAGGGAGGGAGGAAGCCAGGGCAGGAGCAGAGCUCAGAGGGCAUCAGGAGGCCAGCUCUUACAGACUCCCCUGAGGACACUGGUCACUGGAAGUGAGAUAGGGAGCCACUGGAGGCUUUGGCGAGAAAGAGUAGCAUGAUCUAACUUAAGGUUUCAAAGGAUUCCUCUCCCUGCUUUGUUGUUCUUAGAUAAUCACAAACUGAAUGCUUCUAUGCGUCCUGGCUUCCCUGUCUAGCCCUGUCACCCCUUCCACCACCCCCCCCAGCUGGCCUCCUGAUGGACACAGGCUUUGUGCCCUGCAUGCGUGCUCCCCACCUCGGCCCAAGCAGACAGACACCCGGCUCGGUCUGCUCUGCCCUUCUGGCACUAGAAUUGGCUUCUCUCUGUUUAUCCUGCCCUCUUCCCUGUCCCAGAAAGACCAUCCCAUAUCUGGGUACCACUCUAGCCUGGAAAGAAGGAGCAGGAAGACUGAGAGGUAGAAGGGUGGUGGGAGAGCAGUCACCCGUCAUUCCCCUGGCACUCUCCUGGGCAGGGGCCCAUGAUGGCUUGUCCGGCUGCCCGCCCAGCCCUCCACACAGAUGUUGCAGUUGAACCUUGCCUCCUUUGCACUUUACCUUGCGUCUUUGCUUGUCUGAGCCUCCUUAUGAAGUGAUGGGAAUGAAGGGCAGGGCUUGAGUGCUCUGUGCUGUCAAGGAAACAGAAACUUGAGAUCUAUUUUCCUUCCGUCCUGGCUCCUCUUGCCAUAUGCGCCUGGCCUGGUCAAAGCAGAAAGGGGCUUAAGUUGAAAGGCCAGUUUUCAUCUCCUCCACUGGAGGGCUGCCCUGGGCUCUUGGGUAAUAAACAUGAAGAAAAAAACUGCCCAUAAAGCAAAAAAAAAAAAAGAAAACAAAAGCAUGUUUCUAAAAACAAAUCAGAUUUCUCAUAGAAGAGGGAAGAAAAUGGAUCUCUCACAUCCACACCUGUCAGGUCCAUUUGUUUGAUUAGUUGGACAUGUGGUAAUGUCGAAAUAAAAUGUGUUUUACUUCUGUCAACUUCUGAAUACAACUGGUGAAUGUGGCUCUUGUCUGAGGCCAGGCUGGCUGUCCGCUCCUUGUCUAGCUUGCUACUAACAUUAAACUCUGAGGGUGAUCAUUACAUCUUGGUCAGCAGAAACCCAGCAGGAUAACCAGAGAUGAAGAGAGACUUGGGUAGGGACUGCUGGCCUGUACUCUGCCCCAGAGCAGUAUCUGUAUUUGCCUCUUACCUGAUCUCCCCAAAAUGCAACCCCAGAGGGAGGAGCUCUAGAGUGAGGGGUGGGCUGGUGACUCAGGGGUGGCAGAGCCACAUGAGACUAUUAGAAAGAUGGGCACUCCUGAAACUCAACCUAGGGGACUCAGCAGACCUUCCUAUGGUCUGGUCCACCCCAGAUUUUGGGAGAUAAUCCUCAUGAGGAUAAGCUCAGGCCUUAUGAGCAUUGCUCUGACUUAAUAGUAAUCCCCACUGGCACUGUGUAUGGCCACCCGCAGCCUCAGAUCUAAGCUUAUGGGGAUGUGGAUAGAUCAGUGGGUGUCCUCUGGAGCCUGAGAGGGAGCAGCGAGGCAUACACCCUAAACACUAUUACUAGAGGAGGGGCUCCAGAAUAAAGAAAAGCCUGGGAGAGGGUAUGCAUGAGUUCUUUUCAUGGACACAUUUCAUUUGGGUGAAAUUCCAUUAAAGUAAACACCAUAGAAGUUUUAAGGAAGAACGUUCCCAAAGGAUACCCAAAUGAGCCUCAGGUAUUCUGUGGCCAGUAGAACUACCCUCUUCCUGUCUUUAUCAGGUUUUACUGAGAUUCCCAAAAGUGACAGAAAUUCACUUGGCUAUAACCAAGGGGCUGUUUAAGAUGCAUUCCACUUCUGGCCAAAAUGAGGUAAAUAGAUAAGGACUGAAUAUACCCUCUUGCUUAAAACAGCCCCCCACUCCCAAAAUGGGCCAAAUAUAUGAAACAACAGUUCUCACGACUUUGGACAUUAGUCAAUAAAAGACCGUGAUCCAUGGGACAUGGGAAAUAAUUGAGGAAAACUCUGUAAUUGCUAGUUUCUAGGUCAUGACAUAGGGAAGAGAAAUCCAAGAAGUUUCCCUGGGUUGAAGAGAAGUUGUUGAGAAUCCAGAGAGAAUGGGGCAGCUAGAGUUGUCGAGAUAUAGAGUACCAGGGGAGACAUAGCUGCUUAGAGAAUUCUAGAGAUCUUCAGAGGGUCCCCUGCAAGUUUUGGUUGAAUAUUAAUCAGCAAUUCCCAACAGUCAGACUGAUCAUUCAGAGACAUUGCAUAGGGAACAAAAGAGGGCCUUAUCUGGAAAUGGAAGAAAAAAACUAGCCCUAGGUUGAUCAGUGCUCCAGUCCUAUCUAAUCAACCUUGAAAGCAAACCUCAAAAGGAUCAGAUUGCUUCCAAGUUACUUAACUGCAUAACAGAACAAAUCUCAAGAAUAUUCACAGGAAUACAACAAUAUCUAGCACCCACCAAGAUAAAAUUCACAAUGUCUGAUAUCUAGUUAAAGAUCACCAGACAUAAAGAGAGAUAGGAGGGGCCCCUGGGUGGCUCAGUCAGUUAAGUGUCUGCCUUCCAUUCAGGUCAUGA